GCAGCGCCGCGUCCCGUUUAAAUGUUUGCUGUUGCUUGUUGUACUUAGUCGGGUCGGGGAGAGUGAGAGAGACGUGAGGGCACGGGGACAACACCGCGGUACUCAGCUGUUUGUCCCAAGCAGCGAUGUUCGCUUACACUGGACACGAUCGCCCAUGAAGUAUCAUCGCCCGUUGUCUCCCAUCUCUUAGCCCUGUUGACAACUCCAGCCUUCGCCAUGAGCUGUCUGGAUGUUAUGUAUCAAGUGUACGGUCCUCAGCCUUACUUUGCAGCAGCGUACACUCCUUACCAUCAUCAGAAAUUAGCUUUUUACUCGAAAAUGCAAGAGGCGGCGGACAGCACGAAUAUCAGCGGGACGUUUUCAGUGCACGGCUCUGCGAUCAAAGAGGAAGACUCGGCCGGCGAGAAGGAGCGGCCACCUGAAGCGGAGUACCUCAGUUCCCGCUGCGUGCUCUUCACAUACUUCCAGGGUGACAUUAGCAGCGUUGUUGACGAGCACUUCACAAGGGCACUGAGCCAGGCCAGUUAUGCUCCCGCCAGUAGCGGCUCCAAAACCUCGAGAGGAAGCACGAGUUCAUGGAGAGAGGGAGCCUUCCCAAUGAACCAACGGGGUUUUCCACCUUCUUUCUGGAACAGCACUUACCAGCCCUCUAUGUCUGCAAGCUUGAGUAGCAGUCUAGGUAAUGCCCUAGCAGGAGCUCCCUCAGAGCUGCCCUUUGGAGCUGACCCAUACUCAAGUGCCUCUUUGCACACACAUCUGCAUCAAGGAGCCCCCGAGCCCUGGCACCACCACCACUACUCACUGGGAAGUGCCAUCAGUACACAGAGCUCCGUCUACACACGGCCUGGCAUGCACGAUGUAUAUGGGGUUGGUGCACCUUUUGACCCACGCUACAGUUCACUACUAGUACCUUCAGUGAGGCCACAUAGGCUUCCUGCUAUCCCUACACCACAAUGUGACCUGGCAAAGAGUGACACGGCCUCUGCAUGGACCACAGGGGCCUUUACAGGUCCCUCCACUGACAUGAGCCAAACCCUCAACCUCAAUGUGGAUGCAGGUCUGGCGCACCCGGAAAAAAACAAAGAUCUUUACUGGUUUUAGAGCACUACCAGCUACCUCGUUUGGCUGCCCUGUAAAUUUCUACCUGAAACAUUUCUCUUCCUCUGUGUAGUGUGUAACAGAUUUUGAUCUCGGUUUCAGCUCGCCGCUAUUCCCUUUGUGGUGGAUCCCUGUUAAGCUGAUUGUUUAUUACACAACAAAACGCUUCAAGCAAAAAAUAAAACAAAAACCUUUUGGAGAAAAAAAGUGUUUCAAACUCCACAGUUGAUCGACCGGCCGUAGAAGUAAAAAAUGCGACUGAAUCAUUUGCUAGGUCGCACGCUUCUCCCGGAGAACAUUAAGAGAAGCCGGUUUGAAGUGCUUGGAUUUUAACACAUUUUCAAAAAUGCGCUCAUUCUUUCAAAAGAGCGCCCAGAUGUCCGAAUCAAACUCUACUCGAAUCCAGGGUAUGUUGAUAUAGUGGGAUUUCCAGGAAUCCACAGUUGGGCAUUUCAUAACAGAUCGCUUCUAAUAGACUCAACAAGCUAAUUUUUAAUAGUAACGCACUGCUAAUAACAGGACCACAAAAGGAACACGAUUCAUUACAAACAAAAGAAGACUGUUUAAGAAUGCGGAAAGUCCUGAUAUGCAUUCCAAUUGUGUUUUUUUUUCUCUCGUGAAUCGGCCUGGCGAUGGAAAACUCCUGUAAGAUGGAGAGCUUUAAUGAGAUCGGGAACAUUGUACCCUGUGCAGCCAUUCCCGCGGCCACAAGAUCUGCCGAGGGCUUCAGGGCAGCAGCUGUUGCAACAACUGUGCAAACUAUUGGGCUCUCGGCGAGGUUGCUGCAACGGCCCGAUGUUGGGCAGCGUUUUCAGUGACUGCGAACUGACAAGUGGAAGCUUCUGAAGAUCCGAUGUAAGAGGGCGAAUGGAGCAUUGGGAAUGGAUGACCGUCACACCAAGCGGAAGAACGGAGAAAACAACAAGAGAGAGGGGAUGGGGGAGCAAUUUCAGGUUACAACAGCAUUUCUUUUGGACAGAUGGACUCCAGAUUAUUGAAACGUUUUAAUUCUGUGUGUCAGUAACGAGUUUUUUUUGUUAUUGUUGUCAUUUUAGCCGUUUCGGAGAACGAUUUGUAACUAUAACAGUGAGUGAACAUAAGUCUGGCCAUUCGCGAAGUAAAAGUAGUUUGAAAAAAACUCUGUAAAAAUAGAUUGUAUAAAAUUGUACUAUUUUGACAUUAAGUUGAUCAUUAAGUGUGACUAUUUGUUAACUUUAUUUCUGUGUUUUAUUCAUCCAUUCUUGAGCUCGUGAAGGUGAAUCGAAACUGUGAACUGGAUUAUAGGCAUUUCCUGUCACCUGGGUUUAAAUUGAUGAUGUUUAAGAUUAAACAGCGUGCAUCACAUGA